CGUGCUGAGUUGGACUCGUCCUAUUGUAUUAGCUGUCAAAGGUGUGCAUGUACACAGUAGUCAACUUACCUGGCUCAGUACAAAUACGCAGGGAUAGCUACAGGGUGCACUUGUCGUCUGCACGAGCGUGCACUACAUCCAGCUACUCAGUACAACACAUCCUUACAGAAGAAUACAGCCUUCGUCAACGUUCCUCAAAGCUACGAGAUGAGGUACCGUGUAGGCUUGGUGGUAUUGGCGGGCCUGGUCGCCCUGACGUCCGCCCACAUUGCCCUUACCUUCCCGCCUGCUCGACGCUACGCCUUCGACUUUUUGGACAACACUCGAACCCAAGGACCCUGCGGCGUGGGACCCGGUAUGGGCCCGACGACAACUCUACUGGCCGGCUCCACGUUCAACGUCACCUGGCACAUGGCAUACGCACACAGGGGAGGGUUCCGUCUGGAGAUCCUGAACAACACCGGGCCGGAGUUUAACGCGACCACGGACAUUCUCCGGGUGUUAACCCCGGGAGACGGCUUCACGUCCGCGCAUGACGCCACUCUGCAGUGGUACGAGCUGACCCUCCCGUCUGACUUCACCUGCGAGCGCUGCACCAUCCGGCUGCUCCGCCUAGCGGGCGAGUGGCGCCUUGGCAACGGCAAUGACUACAUCUUCUGGAGCUGUGCUGACGUCACCAUCGUUCCGCAGGGCAGUCCGGCGUGCCCUGGCGGGCAGUGUGGGAACAGCACUUGUGCCAGGCUGUACAGCGGAGACAGGUGUCAGUACAAAGAUGACUGCAUGGACAAUACAGACUGCAAUGAUAACGGAGUGUGCGUGACCACUGACGCCACCUCCUACCCCAAGAAGCAAUGCUACUGCAGCAGUGGCUUCUUCGGCCGUGACUGUUCCAGGGUGUCGGAGCUGAGAGCGAUUCCCUCCAGUUUCUCAAGCUACUGGCACCGUGAGCUGACGGGAGGGGUGGACCUGUACUGGAAAAUCCGGUCUGCGUCUUUUCAGAACGAGAUUGAAGUUGCUCUACAGGUGGAGGGAUCGACAUGGGCUGGGCUGGGCUGGAGGCCACUGGGUCUGGCGUCGACCUGUCGGAACUUCCCCGUGAAUUACUUCAGUUCCGACCCGCAGGCAGAACCGGAAUCAGAGCCGGAAUCAGAGCCAGAACCAGAACCUACUCAGUCAUCACAGGGCCGCCGCCGCCGAGCUGUGAGCCACCUGCGCGUCCCCCGUGCGGAACCUGAGGCCGAGCCUGAAGCCGAGCCAGAAGCCGAGCCUGAGAGCUUCAUCCCCUGGCAGUGCCGGGCAAACGGAAGUCAAGCGGAACCAGAACCUUCGGGAGAGCCCGAGGGCGAACCCGAACCUUCCAGCGAACCCGAGGGAGAACCCGAACCUUCCAGCGAACCCGAGGGUGAACCAGAACCCGAGGGCGAACCCGAGGGCGAGCCGGAACAAGGAGGAGGAGGACGACUCCACGCCAUGGACUGUGUGGACAUGGUGAUCGGCACGGCCAUCGGGACCACCCACCGUAUCGGCGACUACUACACCCGGGACAGGUCCACCCCUCAGCGGGACGGCUGGUAUAACGGCCGGGACAGCCUGACUGCCGCGUACGGGGAACAGCGGGACGGGGAAACUACCAUCAUGUUCCGCAGAAGCCUCAUGAAACAAUCGGGCGAACAAUCGGACCACAGUUUUGACCGCUCCCUGAUGCACUUUAUCUAUGCCCGCGGUCAGGAGUACGGGAGGUACAGCCACCGGCCAGGGUCUGCUGUGGAGAGCUGUAACGCCACGGACUACAUGUUCUACCGGCGAGACGAGCUGAAGUACCACGGGCACGGCCGGGCUCAGAGGGGAACCACCACUCUCAACAUCUUCGAGGACCCGGACCAGGUCGGUGUGGACGGAGACUGCCGUGGAAGUUGGAGUACUCCCUCGGGCUGCCAGGGGGUUGCCUGUGACCACUCCGUGACCUGGACAUACAACCCCAACACUGACAAGAUUGACUUCCAGAUCCAAAGCAAACAAACUAAUGACAAGUGGGUGGGACUCGGCUUCUCUGAGGACAGGGUAAUGCCUAACACCGAUGCUAUUGUUGGCUGGGUGACUGACAGUGGCGAGGUGUACAUCAGUGAUAGAUGGGCAAGUGCACGUUCCCGGCCGGCCCCGGAUACCAGUGAUGACAUCGAGAAUGCACAAGGUUCAUUCACGGACGGGAUGCUUACACUCAGCUUCACUCGCAAAAGGAACACAGGUGACAGCAGAGACCUGGCCUUCACGGACAGUAAGUGUCUGUACAUGUUCUAUCCGCGAGGGGGCGCCUAUAACCAUGGCGAUAAGACCUUCUUCAUCCAUGCCAGCAACCCCGUAGUCAGCUCACGGGAGAUCUGCAUCAAAGCAUGUGGAGCCGGUCCCGUAGGCGCAGGGUCUACCAUCAAGCCCUCCGCGGUCAUCCUGCUGACCCUGGUGAUGACCAUGUGGGGACUACUGAGGGAGUGAGUGACCAGUACACUGGACACGUCACAAUGCGUACACAACCAGCCUUCACAGCAAACAUCAUGAUCAUUGCACUCUUACUAACACGUUGGCAGAAUGUACUGGGCCUUUUGAAAAUCCGCAGUGCAUUGUACAUUACGUCUUGUUCAGGGUUGUAUUUAAUGAUGAUAUCUCAUAAUAGUUUUCAAAUGUUGUGUCGAAAAAGAUUCUGACGCAACAUUCUCCAAACUUUGAACAAGGCACUGUGAAAAAUCUAAUGAGUUUCGCGCAGGUGCAGUGAGUUCUACCACUUGCUCCUCUUACUUAAUGAGUGAUGCAAGCAUGCUAUUAGGUAAAAUAGUAGAGACUUCAAGCAAAUUUAGUUUUACAUCCUGAUGAUAUCAGACAUUAACGGGCUUUGCAUGUUUGGAUCAGAUUUAUAUUCAGAUUAAUUUUAUCACAGCAUGCUGUAUAAUAUUCUCUCUUAUAAGUGCGUGUUAUAUUUUUACAUGCUGGAACGUGGACCAAAGACCAUAGGCCUUCAGCCUAUCAGAAUGUUGUUAAAUGAAAAGUUAGUACAGUUGUGUUAGAUUUGGAUUCUAUCACUGCUGAAAUCCUACACCUU